AUGACGGACAUCACCAAGAUGUUCCGCCAAAUCGGAGUACAUCAGGAUGAUUGGCCGCUCCAACAGAUACUUUGGGCCGAUGCAAAUGGGGACGUCACCACAUAUCAGCUCACCACCGUCACGUAUGGAACUAGAUCCGCUCCAUUCCUUUCCAUACGUGUCUUGAACCAGCUCGUGGAGGACGAGGGCAGUAACUAUCCUCUCGCCGUGGAGCCGCUCACGAAAGGACGAUAUGUGGACGAUAUUUGCGGAGGUGCUGACUCGGAGGAGGAGUUACUCAAGACCGCUCAUCACGUGACUCAACUUUGCCAAUCAGGCGGCUUUCCGCUGGUGAAAUGGCACUCCAACAGUGCAGGUCUGCUCAGCACACUCAGGUUGGACAGCACCUCCCACGAUCAAAAGGUGAUCGAGGACUCGCUCACCAAGAUCUUAGGGGUCUCAUGGCACCCAGGAACGGACAGCUUCACGUUCUCCAUCGCUCGGCCUGGAACCAACUCCAUCUCAAAACGAAUCAUUCUGUCGGAAACCGCUCAGCUCUUCGACCCACUUGGCUUCCUCGCGCCAGUGGUGGUACGAGCGAAAAUACUACUACAGGCGCUCUGGAUAGAGAAACUGGGAUGGGACGACCCAGUUUCCCCGACAACAGCACAUCGAUGGCGACAGUUCAGGGAUGAGCUCAACCAGUUGUCGGAGGUCACCGUGCCACGAUGGCUUGGACUGCUCAAGGGCUUCGACGUGGAAGUCCAUGGAUUUUCCGACGCAUCCCAGGUGGCUAUGGCAGCUGUCAUUUACCUGAAGGUUCCGCACCUACCUGGAAAUGGUAUCACGCUCGUCUGCUCCAAGACUAAAGUAGCCCCGCUCAAACGGCUGACCAUCCCACGCCUGGAACUUACGGCUGCCCUGCUCCUAGCCAAGCUCAUACGUUACGUUCAGGAUCAGCUCAACCUCAGAGCUGCGCCCACCUACCUCUGGAUGGAUUCCUCCGUAACGCUCACAUGGAUCAGCUCCCACCCAUCACGAUGGAAAGAAUUCGUGAGGAAUCGUGUCGCUCUUAUCCAAGAGCUAACUCAGCCAACUCACUGGAGGCUGGUGCCUGGCAAGGAGAAUCCAGCAGAUUGUGCUUCUCGAGGUCUCACCGCGCAACAGUUAGUAGCACAUAAGCUGUGGUGGACAGGCCCACCAUGGCUACAACAGGACAGCUCAUCUUGGCCAACUCACGUUCUAGAAAGGGACCUCAAUGUGGACCUCGAAGAGAAACCGGGGCAGAUUUACUACGGCGCCGCUCAGCAAAUAGCUAUCUGGGAUCUCAUCGAUAGGUUCUCUUCGUUCAACCGACUACUUCGGAUCACCGCAAUCUGCUCAAGGUUCAUCGCUCGGCUUAGGAGGGUUCCUAAUACGUCACUCCAUUAUCCGCUCACGCUCAGCGAACUGGAAGACGCACGGCUCCUUUGGAUCAAGCUCACCCAGACAGCUCAUUUCAGGGAGGAACUACGGAUCAUCUCUCGCGGGGAGAAAUUCACCAGGUCCCAUCCGCUCACCAAGCUCACCCCGUUUAUCGAUCGUCAAGGGAUCCUGCGUGUUGGUGGACGGCUCAGGUUCGCACAGCUCGACCCCGAGAGCAAAAAUCAAGCAAUCAUCCCAAAGGAAUCGCAACUGGCUCGCUUACUGAUAAGCCAAGCUCACCUAAGGACACUUCACGGCGGGACACAGCUCACUCUUCGUCAGCUCAGGACAGCUUACUGGAUCCUCGGAGGCCGAGCUCCAGUGCGCUCCUUCAUCCUUAAAUGCGUGAAGUGCGCUCGACAACGUGGGAUACGUGCUCAACAGCUCAUGGGACAGCUGCCACCAGCCCGACUCACCCCCGCUCGCGCCUUCCUCAACACGGGGGUUGAUUACGCCGGCCCCAUAUCGCUCCGGUCAUGGAAGGGACGGGGCCACAAGUCAUACAAGGGCUGGUUGGCUAUCUUUGUCUGUAUGACCACCUCAGCCGUGCAUCUCGAGGUAGUAUCAGACUACUCAGCUGAUGCAUUCCUAGCGGCAUACAGACGUUUCUCCAGUCGGCGCGGGAUCGCUCACACCUUAUUUAGCGACUGCGGUACCACCUUUCUCGGCGCUGAUGAGGAGCUCCGGAGGCUAUUCUUAGCAGGAUCAUCCGAAUCUCGACAGCUCGCCCAGCUCCUCAUUCAAGAUGGGACUCAAUGGUCCUUCAACCCUCCAAGCGCACCACACUUCGGAGGCAAAUGGGAGGCGGCAGUGAAGUCGGUGAAAUAUCAUCUCACCCGGACUAUUGGGGAGGAUCUGCUCACCUUCGAGGAACUCACCACCUUGCUCACCCAUGUUGAGGCAGUUCUCAACUCACGGCCGCUUGAACCGCUCACUGAUGAUCCUGAUGACUGCUCGGCUCUGACCCCCGGGCAUUUCCUCAUGGGCCAGGCUCCUACGACUCUUCCAGAACCAUCAUUAGAGAAUCUUAACAUCUCUAGACUCUCCCGAUGGCAGCUCAUCCAACGAAAUCUCCAAGGGUUCUGGAAGAGAUGGUCCACAGGAUAUCUCCAACGUCUACAGGCCAUAUCCAAGUGGUACCACCCGACUCACGACAUCAACGUCGGCUCCUUAGUCUUACUCACGGACGAGAGGUUUCCUCCAUCAAAGUGGCCUCUCGCCCGAGUGACCGCUCUACACCCUGGCAAGGAUGGGCUUACGCGAUACCAACGUCAAGGACCUAGAACCAUAUCAGCGCUACAGCUCGUCAGCUCAUUGGCCUUCACCUGGACUUCGUCAACCCUGACGGAUUUACGACCCGGCACGAUCAGCGAGGUCCACCGUGAAGAUGGAAGCACCCGGAUUGGACGGGAUUUACGACCCCCCCCAACGUCUCGGAUGAUUCCAAGCUUAGCCAGCACACCAAGGACCAGCUCUUCGGACAGCUACAGGGUCAUAUUGUUCAUCGACAGCUACUCUCAAGUUGCUGACGGCUGGGGAGGAUGUUGGAAUUCCUGGAAGCCGACAGGAUUCCAUUACUAA